UAAAUAUUAGUUUAGAGUUUAUUUUAUAUUUUGUAAAACUUAUUAACUUUUGUAAAUUAAUAAAUUAGAUUCUAAAACACGACAUAAUAAGCGACGGCCGGUCGAGGUUGCCCCAUCGACUCACCGCCGCUCCUCCCAAAUCGAUUCUACUAAAGGUAUCAAUCACCCAGCUUUUGGGUUUGAAUCUAAAAGUCUCCAGCUUUGAAUCCCUUUCAGCUUUUGGGUUCUUUCAAGCUUUUACUCUUGUUUCGAAGAAAACGACGUCGGUUUGUUGAAGGAAAUCGACGAGAAUGUCGUCUUCUGAGGAAGAAAUUGGUCAGCCUCCGAGUCAAGUUUCCGGCACCGUUCGCAAAUUAUCCUGCUCGGCCUGCUUUGACUCUCUCUGGUUCUGUUAUUCUCCAGUUCAUCAGAUGCAGCAAUACUAUAGACUUGGGUCACUUGAUAACUGUUCUAAAAAAUGGAGUGCUGUGGUGGAUUGUUUAACCUUGAAGACCAAAGGCUCUGCUCAAGCUCAGGAGAUUUUAGAAACUCGUGAGAAAGACAAACCUCAUAUUUGGACUCUCCGGACACCGGAGGAAGCAUCGUCUCACUGGAGAGACCUAUAUGGACAUUUGGAUGAAGUUGAAUGAUGAAGUUUAAGGGCUGGAGCUGUAUCUCAAGAGGAGACAUGACAUGUGUAACUGCAAUUUAUAGAUUUAACACAAUAAUUUUGUUUCCUUUUGUUUUAGGAAAUAAAAUUGCAUAUUAUUGUUAUUUUAAUAUGACUUGUUAAGGUAACAUGUUUUUCUUAAUAUAUAGUUUGGUUGGUGGCUUUUAAAUUUAAACCACAUAAAUGCUAAAGGGCACCAAUGGUGUCCAUCAUUCUUUUA